AUGUCCUGCCAUUACUCGAGCCGUCAUCUCUGUCAUCUGCUUCUGUGGCUCUUUUUUGUCGCUUCUGUCUGGUGUCAAACAGGUCAGGCGCUGGACUACGACCGUACCGAGUUGUCUGCCAUUGAGGGUGGAUGCGGACGAAUUGGUGAUGGUCAAAUCGCAGGCGAUUUAAGUUUUGAAAAGCGCACAUGUCCGCGACUGGAAGAACAGUCUGCACGCGAGGAAGAGCUACACCAGAGAGAUCUCGUACCUGAGAAUACAGCUACCCCCAGCGCAUAUGUCGAGUCUCCUACCUAUGCCCUGGACACAUCCACCAUUGCUGUGAGCGCAUCACCCGCGCCCGCCGGGUCGAGGACAGGGCCUCCCCGCGACAUCGAGCUGCGUAUUCUGCCCGUGGGAGAUUCGAUCACGGUUGGUUAUCGAAGCAGUCAUAGUAACGGCUAUAGGAAGCAGCUUUACAAUGACCUUCACAAAGAUUACAAGAAUAUCACCUUUGCCGGUACCGUGUCUGAAGGCGAUAAAGCGUACAGCUGGUUCGCGGCUUGGACAGGCGAGACCAUCCAAGCGAUCGAAGACCGAGUUGGACCCGCCCUCCAACAAAGACCGAAUAUCAUCCUCAUCCAUGCUGGGACAAAUGAUAUGAGCAGUAACCCGAGUGUCUCUCAGCAGGGAAACGAUCCAACCGCCGCCGCGGAACGGCUAGGGAGUCUGAUCGGCAAAUGUGUCACUGCGUGUCCUGAUGCGACUAUCCUCGUGGCUCAGAUUAUCUAUACGUGUCUCGACGAUGGACAGCAACAACGGACGCUGGUGUACAAUAGUCUGGUCCCAGGAGUGGUGGAUAAAUAUGCAUCGUCCGGUCAUCGUGUAAUGGUAACCAACAUGCAGGGAGGGUUCCCGGUUACCCAACUUCACUCUGACGACUGCAUCCAUCCAACAAACAGGGGCUAUAAGACUCUGGGCAAUCUCUGGAAUCGCGCUAUUCGAGCGAUUCCCGAAAAUUGGGUUAAACCUCCGGUUGGCCCUGAUCCAGCGGGACACGAUGGAGGUUCUGAGCGGAAGAUUCCCGGUCGAACUUUGAUGCUGGGGUGGAUAGUCAUAUCGUACUUUAUUCUAACACGGAGGCAAUGGUGA